AUGCCACUUUAGAAUAUUGAAAUGUACCCUUUUGAAAAUAAAUAAUACACUUUACCUGAUGUAAUUGAUAAUUAAUUAGAUGAAUAUGAUUCUGAAUACAUCAAAGGAGAAGAAUUUAGAUUUGUUAAGUUGGUUGGGAGAACUUUCAUUUUUGAUCCACUUGUUGAUCAUGUUGGAAGUUACACAAUAUAAAUAAAACUAACUGACAAAAAUUAUGACCAGAAAUAUAAAACAUUCGGAUUUAAAGUAACAGUUCACCCUCCUAAAGGAUCUAUUCUUUCAGCUAUAAAACAAUGGCAGUCGAAUUCUAGUGAAUUGCUUACUGCUAAAAUAAUCAAGAUCAAUCAAACAGGACAAAUUAAUCAGCUGUUGAUUACUAUUAUGACAUCAUCAAAAUUAAAGUUAAGUUUUCAUAAUCUUAAGAUGAAGAACCUGUCAGAUUUUAUACAACAUCAUUAUACGGUGAUAUCAUGUCAAUUCAAUUGA